UUUAAACACUGUUUUCCUCUGUCAUCUCUCAUUCUUCUAGUGCUAUGCUAUCCCCUUAAUUUGUUUCUUUACUCGUUCCCUAGCAUCAUCCCACUUUUCAUGUUAAUGAUUAAGAGUUAGAGUUUCAACAGUUGCCGCUUGUCAUUUUGGUGUUCGAUAAUGGAUGAUCCAGGUGAAGAAAAUGUGUUCAGGAGGUGCAAUAGAAGAUCAUCAACCGGUUGGAGGUGCAAGGAGGGGGCUAUGAGUGGAAGAAAUCACUGUGAGAGGCAUUAUCUGUACAUGCAACAGAGAACCAAGAGUGGGAAGAAGAGAAAUGCUUCUGGGGGUGUUGGUGUGCGCCAGAAAAGAAGAAUGAAACAAAGAAAAAACCCUGAAGGCGAAUUGGAAAAUGGGGUUGUGGGUGAUGGGGGUAAAGAGUUGUUUGAUGAUCACAAUGGUGGUCCCCAUGUUGAUGAAGGGCAUAAUGAUGGGGUGAAUCUUGGUUUAGGUUUUGAGAGUUUUGACCUUUGGGGUGAAGGAGGGGGUCAGCACGUUAACCUGGGUGAUUUUGGGGGAGGGUUUGGGAAUUUGAGUCAGGUUGAAGGGCAGGUUCUAGGUGAGCCAUGGAGCAAUGGAAGUACUGGUGGGGUUUUUGAUGCUGUUCAGGGAGGCCAUGCAAGUGCGGGUGGUGUACAUAUUUGUGAAAAUGACUUUCUGGACCUUUCUUCUGAAGAUCUACAAGGGCUAAUGGUUGAAGCUGAUUUUGGUAGUCUAUAUGAUCAGGGUUUUCAAGCUCUUCUUUGUCAAGGUGGGGGCUGUGAGGAAGAUGUGAUUUUCGUUGGCUCUGAUAGAGCCAUGCCCAACUUUUCAGCUCCUGUUGGCCCGGGGUUGAGUGGUGAAAAUGCAUUUGAGUUUAGAGGUGAAGAAGUUGUUGGGUGUGCGGUAAAUCCAGGUGGGCACGGUAAAGUUGAAGGAGAAACAUUUGGUAGCAUAGAUGUGCCUGUGUUAAAUGGCAGGCAACAGAAUGGGGACACAGGAUCAAGUAGCAAGAUGAUUGUUGUAGGUGAUGAAGAGGGAAUGGAACGAUUAUUAGAUGGAGGAGUUGCCACCAGUGAAGAUGCAAAAGCUGUAGCCUUCGGGCCAGUUGCUAAAGGAGGUAGGCCUAAUGGUUCCAAAAAUAAAGAUAAACAGAUUCACACCACUUUGAAUGGACAAACUGUUGGUGCAAAUGAUGAAGCAGGAACAAAUGGGACGAGUAGUGUCACAGUUUUAGGGUCUGUCUCUGAGGCUGUUGAUGAAGGUGCAGUCCUCAAUGAGAUUGUAAGGCCAAUGAAGAGUGGUCAACCAAAGGAUUCAACUGGGGUGAGUAGUGUCACAGUUUUAGAGUCUGUCUCUAAGGCAGGUGAUGAAGGUGCUGGCCUGGGUGAGUUUAUGAGGCCAAAGAAGCGUGGUCGACCAAUGGGUAAUAGGAUGACUAAUGCCACAUUUUUAGAGUCUGAAAGAUCUUUUAAGGAAGAUAAGGCUGGUGAUGAAGGUGCUGGCCUAGGUGAGAUUGUGAGGCCAAGGAAGCGUGGUCGACCAAAAGGUUUGAAUAUGAUGAAUAAUGUCACAGGUUUAGAGCCUGAAAGGUCAGUGUUUUCUGUUGAGGAAGGUAAGGCUGGUGAUGAAGGUGCGGGUUGGGGUGAGAUUGUGAGGACAAAGAAAUGUGGUCGACCAAAGGUUUCAUGUUGGAUGGGUAAUGUCUCAGUUUUAAAGUCUGAAAGACCAUUGUUUUCUGGCGAGGAAGAUAACACUGGUGAAGAAGGCGCAGACGGUGAGAUUGUGAGGCCAAAAAAGCGUGGUCGACCAAAGGGUUCAAAUAAGACAAGUACUACCACAGUUUUAGAGUCUGAAAGGCCAUUGUUUUCUGGUGAGGAAGAUAAGGCUGGUGAUGAAGAUGCAGACCUGGGUGUGAUUGAGAGGAUAAAGAAGCGUGGUCGACCAAAAGGUUCCGGGAAUAAAAAGAAUACUUUUCAUGUAAGUAAUAAACUUUACGUAAAGAUUGCAGGACUCAAGAAGCUUGGUCAACCAAAAGGUUCAAAAGGAAGAAAGAAGAUUGUGGUUUUGGUUGGUAAUAAAUUUGUUGGUGAGAUUGCAGUACUUCAGAAGCGUGGCAGGCCAAAGGGUUCAAAAAAUAAAAUAAAAAAUGUUGUUGGUAAUGAAGCUGCUGGUGCCGGUGAAAUUGCAGUCCCCAAGAAGCUUGGUCGACCAAAAGGUUCAAAAGGAAGAAAGAAUAAUGUUGUGUUGGUUUGUGAGAUUGCAGGACCUAAGAAGUGUGGCAGGCCAAAGGGUUCAAAAAAUAAAAUGAAGAAUGUUGUUGAGGUUGGUAAUGAAGUUGCUGGUCGUGGUGAUAUUGCAGGACCUAAGAAACGUGGUCGACCACCAAAAGGUUCAAAAAAAAUACAGAAGAUUGGUGAGGUUAAUAAUGAAGUUGCUGGUGCUGGCGAGAUCACACGACUGAAGAAACGUGGUAGACCAAAAGGUUCAACAAAGAAAUGGUGCACUGUUGUGUGUGCUUCUAGUAAGGAAGUGGCAGGUGAGAUUGCAAGAUAUAAAAAUAUGCCUGGAGAAGCUAGAAACCAUUUUGACAAGGGGGCAAAAAAGCGUGGCAGGCCUAAGGGCUCUAAUAGAAAGGAAAAGGAGUUUUCUUACCAUUUUAAUUCACAGAUUAAAAGGCAUGGUCUUGUAGAUGAGAAAGAAGGAAGAACUUCUACUGAAUUUGCCUCCAUAAAUGAUAUUGAUCAAAAGAAAAGAAAUUAUAACCAACAAAGAAGUUUUAGAAUUACAAGACAAAGUAUUAGCCAAAGCCAAUCAAGAGGUCUAAAAGAACAGACACCAGCUGCCAAUGCUAUAGCAGAUGAGAAUGAGCCAAAUGGUUUAACACACAGGCCCCCUACAAAUGUGAGAGGACAACCCUUAAAAAAACAGAAAAGUACUCGUUUCAGCGAAGUUUUGAGUAGGAUUAUGCCACAGAAGCAUGUACAGGAGGAAUGCAUUUCAAUGCUAGAAGAUCAAGUGAAUGAGGUAAAGAAGUCAGGUUUUCUCCUUGAAAGCUCAGAGGAUCCUGGAAAUGAAAAGAUAAAAAGAGCAGGACUGACUUGUAAAACCAGCAAUGAUCAGAGAAGGUCCAGUGAAAGACUGAAAGCAUUGGUAAUCGAUGAAAAGAAUUUUCAGGAUGUUGGAGGGGAAGAAUCUAUAUACCAUGGAUUGGAAUCUUCAGCUUUGAAGGGUGAUACUGGAAUGAAAAAGGACGCAAGGACUUUAAGGUGCCACCAGUGCUGGCAAAAAAGUAGGAAUGGUAUUGUCAUUUGUACCAAGUGCAAGAGAAAGCGAUAUUGUUAUGAGUGCAUAACAAAAUGGUACCCAGAUAAAACUAGAGAGGAGAUGGAAACAGCUUGUCCCUUUUGUCUUGGUAAUUGCAACUGCCGAUUGUGCUUGAAGGAGGAUAUAUCAGUAGUGACUGGGACUGGUGAAGCAGAUACAGAAGUCAAAUUACAAAAGUUGUUUUACUUGCUUGACAAAAUUCUGCCUUUACUCCAAAAUAUCCAAUUGGAGCAGAGAUCAGAAUUGGAAGUAGAAGCUAGCAUGCAUGGUUCGCAACUGCUGGAAGAAGAAGUUGUGCGUUCACUAAUUGAUGAUAAUGAGCGUGUUUAUUGUGACAACUGCAAUACAUCAAUCGUCAAUUUCCACAGAAGUUGUCCCAAUCCUGAUUGUCAGUAUGAUCUUUGUCUCGCUUGUUGCAUGGAAACAAGAAUUGGACUUCAAUGUGAAGAAAUUCCUGCAAGUGGCAAUGAAGGAGCAGAUGAUACACCACCUGUAACUUCUGCUUGGAGAGCAGAGAUAAAUGGUGGGAUUCCUUGCCCUCCAAAAGCAAGGGGAGUGUGUGGUACUACUAUUCUUUCACUAAAGCGCCUUUUUGAAGCUAAUUGGGUUGAGAAAUUGAUCAAGAAUGUGGAGGAACUUACUAUCAAAUAUCAACCACCUAAUAUUGAUCUAUCUCUUGGAUGUUCUAUGUGCCAGAGUUUUGAGGAAGAUGCAGUACAGAAUUUUGUAAGGAAGGCGGCUUCCAGGGAAAUCAGUUAUGGUAACUUUUUGUAUUGCCCAGAUGCUGUCAAAAUGGGAGACACGGAAUUUGAGCAUUUUCAAAGACACUGGAUCAGAGGUGAACCUGUUAUAGUUAGGAAUGUUUUUGAAAAGGGUAGCGGCCUUAGCUGGAAUCCAAUGGUGAUGUGGAGGGCUUUUAGGGGGGCAAAGAAGAUAUUGAAAGAGGAGGCAGCUACUUUUAAAGCCAUUGACUGCUUGGAUUGGUGUGAGGUUGAAAUUAACAUCUUUCGGUUCUUCAAAGGCUACUUGGAAGGUCGAAGGUACAGGAAUGGAUGGCCAGAGAUGCUGAAGCUAAAGGACUGGCCACCAUCAAAUUCUUUUGAAGAUUGUUUGCCAAGGCAUGGUGCUGAGUUUGUAGCUAUGCUUCCUUUAAGUGAUUAUACCCAUCCCAAAUCUGGUGUUUUAAAUCUUGCCACAAAGCUUCCUGCUGUUUUGAAGCCAGAUUUGGGCCCAAAAACAUACAUUGCUUAUGGAUCUUUUGAAGAACUAAGUAGAGGUGAUUCUGUGACAAAACUACAUUGUGACAUUUCUGAUGCGGUCAAUAUUCUGACACAUACAGCUGAAGUAAAGAUGCAACCAUGGCAACCUAGAAUCAUAAAGAAAUUACAGAAAAAGUAUGAAGCUGAAGAUAUGCGAGAACUCUAUGGCAAGUACAACAGGGCAAUUGGUUCACGUGGAAGAAAACGCAAAAUGUGCUGCAGUAUUACCAGGAAUCAUAAAAUUCCGGAAACAGAAGAUGCUACUGGGAGACACUCUUCCUUACUUGGAAGUCAAAGAAAAGAAGAGGAACAAAACGAACAGCAGAGUGGACCCCUAAAAAUGGGACUGUCAAUAUCUGAUAAGGAAGCUUGUGUUCAAGGAUUCUCAGAAUCUACGAAAAAUAAAUUAAGCUUAAAUGCUUGUGAGCAGGAAGUCCUCAAUUUGAAUUCAAGGCUUCCACACUUUGAUCUCAAUAAUCAUGAUUCCAGUUGCAUGUUUCCGGGAAAAGAUGGUAAACAGUUGUGCUCAUCAUCAGCUGAAGGAGUUUCUUUAUCAGAACAUAUGCAGUUUAAGACAUGCACAAGUGAUGAUUGUGAAAAAGGACGAAUGUCUGAUACAUGUUCUGUAUUUGUUGAUUUGAACCUCCCCACUCCACAAGUUAGGGUAAAUGAGGAGCCGCAGAGAAAUUACAUCGAACAAUCUGAAACCAAAAGCGUUCAUUUUGAGGAGUUACCCUCCUAUUCUGGGAAGAAUGUUUCUGAUUUACUCUUCCCUCAGAAGCAGUAUUCUCACCACUAUUUUUCUGUUUGUGGAAAUGGGGCUGACAAUACUAGCAAUGUGCAAGAUGAGACAGAUACAGGUGGUGACUUCUCUCAUGUUGAAUAUAAUGGACAAGAUCCUGAUAAUGAUAUUGGAGGAUAUCCAAACAUUAGUGAAAUCCGUCAGCCUUGUACUGUAACAGAAGAUACCAAAUUUUCCAAUAGAUUGAAUUCUUUAGUCAUGCCAGGUUCUGACAUCAAUGUUGACAAAAUAAAGUCAGUUAAAAAUGACACAAGUAAUAAUUUUUGUCAAAAUGAUGAUCAUUUGGAGACUCAAUAUGGGAGUGCUGUGUGGGACAUAUUCCGGAGGCAGGAUGUACCCAAGCUAACCGAGUACCUAAAGAAACACCACAGAGAAUUUCGCCACAUAAAUAAUCUUCCAGUAAACUCAGUGAUUCACCCCAUUCAUGAUCAGAUCCUUUACUUAAAUGAGAAGCAUAAAAAGCAAUUAAAGCAGGAGUUUGGUGUUGAACCUUGGACGUUUGAGCAACACCUUGGGGAGGCUGUUUUCAUACCAGCAGGAUGCCCCCAUCAAGUGAGAAAUAGGAAGUCUUGCAUAAAAGUGGCUCUGGACUUUGUUUCACCUGAGAAUGUUCAAGAAUGCAUUCGAUUGACAGAAGAAUUUCGGUUACUUCCCAAAGGCCAUAGAUCUAAGGAAGAUAAAUUGGAGAUAAAGAAGAUGGCACUAUAUGCUGCUGAUGUUGCAAUAACCGAAGCCACUAAACUGAUGAGAGGAAAAUGAUUUGUCAGAUGAAGCCAAAGAAGAACCCCAGUAUCACCUUUUUGAUAAAUGACUCAACAAAAGUAACUUCGCCUUUUUAGUUUAAUUUUCUGACUUCCAAGUGUUUACAAAGGAUAGCAUAAGCCUCUAUAUGUUCUGCUUUACUCUGUAUCCUAGGCAGCUCAGUCGAAGUUCAAUUUGAAUGUUGGUUGUUGCACUAACUGAACAUUUGUAUUGAAGGGUGAGUGCCACAAUGGAAAACACUAAAUAGUUGCUAUAACAUUUGACAUAAUGAAUUGGCACUUAUUUUGACUCA